AUGAUCAAUGUUAUAUAUGCUGCACUUGGAAGAACUGGCUCUCAACCUACUAGGGUGAUGUUUGUGGCCAAGUCGCCAGCCGAGGACCCAAACUCUAAGCCGAAGAGAGCUAGAUUAGAGAUCCAACCUUCAUUAAGUUUCUUAGAUGAAGAAAAGAUUGGAACUAUCCAACCACAUGGUGAUGCUUUAGUGGUCACCCUUCGGAUAGGGGGGUAUGAUGUGAAAAGGGUAAUGGUGGAUCAAGGCAGUUGUGUAGAAGUCAUGUAUCCUGACUUAUAUAAAGGAUUGAACUUGAAACCUGAAGACUUAACAACUUACGAUUCGCCUCUGGCAGUUUUUGAUGGAAACCUUGUUGCCUCGAAGGGUCAAAUUAGGUUACUAGUGCAAGCCGAUUCAGAAGUGGUGGAAGUGGAUUUCAUAGUGGUGGAUGCAUACUCCCCCUACACGGCUAUUGUUGCCCGACCUUGGCUUCACACAUUGGGUGCCGUUUCUUUAACUUUACAUCAGAAGGUUAAGUAUAUUUCUGGAGACUAG